AUGUCAGGCAACGCAAUAGGCGCACCGUCCAGGAAACUGGACGAGUUCGAGGAACUCGUCUACGAGUAUACGGCGCGAAUGGGCCUAGGGAACGAAGCACAUUGGGAUGUCGACGCCCGCAGCUGUAACCUCCGCUUCGAAUCCGCAACCCGCGGUCCUCCGGCUACAGUCUCGUUCCUGUUGACGAUUACUCCUACGCUGAGUAAUUACAUGGGCAAUCUUCACGGAGGCUGUGCUGCUACUUUGAUCGAUGUUCUAUCAACGACUAUCUUGUUGGGCAUUUCCGAGCCUGGGAAGUUCUCUUUCGGUGGUGUUAGUCGCAAUCUCAAAGUGACUUAUCUGCGGCCUGUACCUACGGGAACUGAAGUGCGGCUUGUUUGUGAGGUUAUUCAUGUUGGGAAGAGGUUGGCUUUGCUUCGGGCUGAGAUUCAGAAGGCGGAGAGUCGGGAUAUUUGUGUGAUUGGGGAACAUGAGAAGGCAAAUACCGAUCCGGAGGUGACGCAGAGGAUCUGA